AGUGUUGUUUUUGUUGUUGUUUUCACAGGAAUAAGUUUUUUACAAGGAGCUGAAGCAUGGCAGUCUUCUACAUAUUUGUAUGAAGGUGCUGUUAAUAUGAUAGCAGACAAGGCUAUAGAUGGAAAGAUAGAAGGCAUCCACGACUGUGCCCACACUGCAUCUGGUUUCUCUUACUGGGCUGUUAAGUUUGGAACUUCGGGUCCUGUGAAGUCAGUCAAAAUGAAGUUACGGACAGACUACUGUUUUGAAAGACAGACAAAUUACACAGUGACCGUUGCUAACAGUCGUGAUGAUGUCAUAAAUGAUGCAGGAACAAAAUGUGGAUCAUACUUUGGUCCUGCUAUAGACAAGGAACCUUUUAGCAUAACAAUCGAUUGUACAAAUACAAUCUUCGGAAAGUUUCUAAAAAUCAAGCAUGAAUCUACAGAAAUGAUGGCGUUAUGUGAGGUCUACGUUUAUACACCUUAAAUGUUUCAAACAUACUGUGCACAACUUCACGAACUUCAAAUAAAUGUUUACUACUGUAUAUUAGAUACUGAAAAAAACGGAAUUCCUUAAAAUGCACAAAAACGAGACAUUGAAAAGGUUUGAUUGAUCUUCUUUGGUAAUGGUAUUUGCAAGCUUAGACCUUCUCGAGAAUCAAUCAUAUAACCAAUAUUUUCAUAAAAUUAACAAUGUAAUAGUCCUGACCCUUAUUAACAUCAUAGUGCAGCAAACCUUGUGAUUUAAUUGAAGACUCAUCAAUACCCAAUAAAGUUUUCUUCAUUAUUUGUAUUUUUUCCAACGUUUUUUUCUAUAAAAUUAUUAUUGUUAUAAUUAUCAUUAUUAUUAAUAUUGAUGAUCUUUUACGGUUUCCGACUUUCUUUAGCUUUUUUGCUUAAAUGUUUAAUGUUUUGCUUCUUAAUUGACAAAAUUAUUUCUUAUUUAACACUUUUUUUCUUCACCUGAUCUAAUCUGUUAUUAAUCCAUUAUCAAUAUAUUAUAAAACACAAGUU